AAAACCACGUUCGAUCCCAGCCUCCUGCUGGAUCUUGGUUCCCAAUCCCUAAAAAACGAGCAGCUGGAGCUUACGGGUCCUCUUUCCGAACGCCUGGGAGCGGCACAAUCAAAUAAAUACAGCCUGAAUCAACAACAGGGCCAACAAAAACUUCAUCAGCAGCAACAGCAACAGCAGCGACAGCAGCACCUCAGUCGAGACCGGGAGCUAAGCCAAGGUGACCAGGGCAUUUCGCCGGUGUAUAUGUUCACCGAUCGGGUCAUCAUCUUUGUCCUCUCGGCCAUCUUCGUGGUGUUGCUUAUUGUCACUAUGGUACUCAUUUUCCUCAUACGGCGUCGACGCUUCAUGGAGAUGCACGCUAGCCGGGCAAACAAGGACCACGGAAAGCGUGAGUCUAUCCAAUACUACUGGCAGAGAAUUUCAUUUUUUCCCAAUUAUCGAAUUAAGCUUGCAAAUAAUUACUGUCUUUUGUGA